GUCAAACUUCGUCUCGAUUUAACCAAAAUGUGAUAGGACGGCGACGUCAGAGGGGCGUCCACUCCGCCUUCCACCGGAACUCGAGACUUUCACCCACAGACUUAAGUUCCGAGGCUUUUCUUAAGGCUUUCGCCUCACUGUUCACUUCACCAUUCAGCUGAUUCGAAACUGUCGCCGAGGACUUACCCACUUUGACGUUUUGCCGUUUUACAACUUUGUCCAACUUUCCUAAAUAGUUUUAUCGUUCUGAGACCCAAGCCAUCGCCGUUUAAGCCAAUAAAAAACCAGGAUCUGUGAUGCUAUAAUGAUAAACACCACUGAAAACUGGAAGAAAACGGCCAUGGUUCAAUUCGCACAGGAGCGUGAGAAUUAGACAUUGAAAGAUUGUGGACGAGUUCGCUUUACAGAUGAGGUGGCAUUCCAUGGUGGAUCAUUGACGUUUUGGGGUGGAAUUUCUUUGGACGCCUGCACCAAAUUGGUUGUUGUAUGAGGAAGAUUUCUAACUUCAUGGAGGUAUCUUAAUUUGUAAGAUUGAUGGAAGGCAUACCGGUCAAAAUAAGUGAGCAAUACAAGCCUCCCAGAAAAAUUACUCUACCCAUGAGUGUAAGGAAUAAAAUUAAUGUGAUUCCCACUUUUGAAACUUAUGAUUUUAAACUCGAACACGCAGUUGUUGAUCGGCUGUCAAAAUUGGAAAAGCUUAAAAAAAGUCAACUCGAGAAGAGAUUGAAGAGGCUGGAACUAUUAAAAAAAUUCGACGUUACAAGAAACAAAACAACAGCAGGAACUGAAGAUAGAUACCCGAAUGAAACUAGAAUACUGACACCAGUGCCGAUCUUUUUGCAAAAUAAGACUGAAACUCACAAAGAGAAGAAACAGGAAGGUGCUUUUAAUUUAUCCGAUUUUGAAAAUGAUACGUCAAGUCCAUUUGAUAAUAUUGAAUUAAAAACUAUCAACGACAUGGAAGAGUUGGCUCACGUUUUAGGAAGUAGUAACAUAUCGCAAAACCAUGUGAUUCCCAGGGCUAGAGAAUCCUUGCCCAACGGUUUUGCAAACCAUUGGCAGGCAAACUGUCACAACAACACCGGCUACAGCCCAAACUCACCUUAUAUGAAUAACAUAGCACCAACUUACCACAUUCCUCCUACACUGCAAUCGCAUGGUCCGCUUCAUUCCACGACCAGUUCCAACAUGAUACCACAAAAUUACACCAACAGCCCAAUAACGAGAGCAGCCGUAUCAUACAAUCUGCCUGUAGUGAAUCCUUUGGAAGACAGUUACUCUCCGAACCUAAUUGACCAGAGCGCCGAGUCCAAAGAAGAAUAUGACAUACUAAAAAAUCUUCAGAAAAUUAUCGAAGACAGAAAACUAGAAAUUCAAAUUCAACGGCCAGAACCCGCCCAAGCAUGCACAUCAUCACUAGUUACUAAUAAUUCUCAAAUAGAAAAACAAAAUGAAUAUGAACAACAGUCGACAUCUCUCAAUGAACAGGAAAGAUUAUUCGCAAGAAAUAUGGCAGAAAUGGGUUUCCCAUAUCCAAGAGUGGCCCGGGCUGUUCAGUAUUUUGGUCAAGACGAAGCUAAGGUUGUCGAGUUCCUACUGCAAGUUCAGUCACUUCUCGAGGAUAAACAAUUUAGGGAAGAUCAAAUUGAAAAAGCUCUCUGCCUCAACGAUUUCGAGGAGGAGAAAACCAGACAGUAUUUGGAAAACUUCAUCCAAUUCAAGAACCUCGGCUUUAAGGAGGAUGACAUAAUAGCGGCUCUCGCGAAGACAUCUGAUAGAGACAAAGCCCUGGACUUCCUCAUAUCCUAAGCUCUUUAUAUUUCUGCUCAAUCCUAUUAUCCUUACGUUAACCUUUUAAAGCUUGAGGUAAUGGUUUUUUAAAGUAUUAUGUUUUGAUAGAGGUAUUAAGAAACAAUAAAAAAUUAUCUUUUGUCGCGAGUUUA